CCGUCGAGAGGUAAAGUUCGCUGUGGUUCCGGCCAAAGGACUAAAGGAUAUUCUCCCCUAUAAGCCAUGUUUCCCCAAGCCGAGCUUGAGAAUUAUAAGCUGCAGGUGGAGCUGCUACAGGAGAAACUCCAGCGGAGCGAGGAUAAUCGCCAGCAGCUGGAGCACAAGUUGGAUAAAGUCCUGCAGAAGCGCAGCGAGCUCGACAAGUCGGUGCGCCACAAGAGCCGCCAAAAGUACCAGGAGUUCCUCGAGGAGCAGACCAAACGCAACGAGCGCAACAAGAAGCUGGUCCACAUGCUGGAGCGCAUCGACGAGCAAACGGCUGCCAUGUCGCAGCGCAGCGAGCGGCUUAAAAUGAUGAAGCUGCAAUACCAAAUGUACUUUGCGAAAUUGGUGCAGAAUCAAACAUUGCGAUGCAUCCAGCAGACGACGACGACAUCGGCGGUGCCCAACGGAGCCGGCGGAGUGAUGCCGGUGCCUGUCCUGAUGCAACCGCAGCCGCAGGUGGUGACCAAUCCGCAGUCGACGCCGCAGCCCUGGACCUUUGCCAUGGCCACGCCCACGCAGGCGGGCAUGCUUUUGACGCCCCAGUUUGCCACAGCAGGUGCUGCAGGUCCUCCCGUUCAUCCCAUUCCAGCUGGACAUCCUGUUUACUAUCCGGAGCUCUUUGGCGCUGGCACUGGGGCAGCUCCCCUUGGCACCUCGAACCUGUUCGAUUUGCGCGCCACACUGCGCGCCUUUGAUAAUGAGAAUGCCGAUUUACCGGAGCGCAUGCAGUCCCACUUGACAGGUGAUUAUCAGGCGGGGAUACAUUCCCCAGGAGCAGCAGAAGCAGCUGCAGCAGGACCUGCGACACCCACAUCGACUGUAUCCAGCCAGGAGAAGGCUGCGCGGCAGCUGAGCAGCACUUCCUCGACAAUGGCCACAUCCUCGUUGACAUUUGAUAAAUUGCCAAAGACGUCGUCGCCUUCGCUGACGUUAACCGAGCUGCCGGCUGCAGGAGGAGCAGGGGGAGCCAGUUCUGGCCAGGAUGUGGGCGGGCAACCGCAGAGGGAAGUCACCGACCUGGAUGCCUGGACAAAUUCACGCGUGACUAAAGUCGAGUAUGAAAAAUCACCAAGUGUCGUGGGGCAUAAUGAGCCCGGCCAGCAGCGACAUCAGCCAGAACAGAUACGCCAGCAGCAACAUCAAGAGGUACAGCAGCAACAUCAAGAGGCACAGCAGCAACAUCAGCCAUCGCACGACUUUGAAGCAUACUUUGGUGAGCUAAAAAUCGAUGAGUUGCCCUCCUGGCAGGAUGGCAAAGCCAAGCACCAACCCAAGCCCCAACAAAACCCAAUCCACGAAGACAAACGCCACUUAAACGUGCGUCCUGGCGAAGGAUCAGCGGUUGGUGGCCAAGUUGGCAUCAGCAACGAUUUGCUGGACGAAGUCAAAGCCAGUCGGGCGGCCCUCGAAAGAGCGGCGGCUGCGGUUGAUGAGCAGCUGGCAAGGGGUAAUCAAUUGUCGCCGCCAAGCAGCCAGCAGGAACCCAAAACCGGUGUGUCGAUAGAGAAUAUUGAAAAUGCCAUUUACGGGGAGCGUUUGACAGGAGGAAAAGCAGGUGGAGGAGGAGGAGGUGGAGGCGAACUGGCAGCCCCACCAACGCAGGGAUUUUUCGAGAAUUUGGUUGCGAACACAUCGCCAGAGGAACUCCAGGUGGAGGCGGAACAUCAACAACAGCAGUUGGAGCCGGAGGCCUCCGGUUACGGGCAAUACGAGGCGAGCAGUUAUGGCGAGGCCAGUGAGCCCAUCUAUGCCAGCAUCGAUUCCGCCAAUCUGCAGCCAAACGCAAAAGUGGAGCCGCUUUACAGCGAAAUCGGAAAUCCCACAGACUAUCAGCAGCAGCAGGCAUAUGGGCAAGCAGCACAGGACACGAUGGGGGAUGCACCUGCUCCUGAUGCAAUAGCAUCGGAAGUCACCGGAACUACGCUUGUGGAUACCAGUGGCGAGGUCCUGCCGCAAGAGUACUCCAAUAUUGAUUACGGCAACUACGAGGCGGGGCAAUAUGGGGCCGGCUAUGAUCCCAACGCCUAUCCGGGCUAUAUAUACGAUGAGGCAACGGGCCAGUAUAUAGCCGAUCCGAAUGCAGCUCAAUAUGCCACCGAUGGUGGCUAUGCUGGCCAGGAGUACGAUGACAGUGGGGUGCAAAACUACGACUACAGUGGGUAUGAACAGCAACAGGAGCAGCAGAUGCAGCAGCAACAGGAGGAGCAACUACCAGGACAGGAGCAACUGCAACUACAGGAGCAGGAAGCCUAUCCUGCAGCUCCCGAUGGAGGGGAACCAGCAGAACCCCCACCGGAAGUGGCUGAGUUGCCAGCUGCCCCACCGGAACCACUGGCCACCAGUAAGCCCCUCAAACCCACAUCGAUACUCUCCACGACAGACAAACAAGCGGCGCCUAAUGAUGCGCAGCAGCAGCAGCUGAAGAAGAAGAAGCGCGUUAAUUUCGUUGACAGCAGCGAAACGGAUGAUAGCUCAAGCGCGAAACCGACCCAGGCCCCAAAUCCAAAUCCAGGACCUGCACCACCUCCUUCCGCAGCCUCCCUGACCACGCCCCCCACGGUGGGCGGCGGUGGCAGUGAGAGUGAUUUCGAUUUUUCAACCGGCAGCGAGGCGAAGAAUUAGAACAACGCUGAAAAACAUUUUGAGCUCUAAUUUGUUGCCAUUUGGGUUAACCACCCCGAAAAUCCGCCACCCCUGCUCACCAAUUCGAUUUAUUGCCAAUGCUUUUUGGGGUAAAAAAUUCAGAAAACUGCAGGAAACACAGAGGAAAAUGGAAAAUGAAAGUAGAAGCGACUAAUAGGUAAAAAGUAGUUUUCCGGGGGAGAUGGGUCAGCCACAAGCCACACAAAGGCUGUUGCUUACUUUCGGCGACUAAAAAGUAACUACGA